AAUUAAACAAAUGUAGCGAUCGUUUCCAUCAAGAUUAGCGGGAAGAAGAUGGGGAAGCAGUAGUUGUUUGUUUCUGAAGAAGAAGAAGUGAAGCGAGGCAGCGAUUGAGGAAUUAAUUAAGGGAUUGUGGUGGUGAUGCAGCCGCUAGAAGUAGGAACUCGCGUGCUGUGCCGAUGGAGGGACGGUAAACAUCAUCCGGUGAAGGUGAUCGAGCGCCGUAGGCUUCAAUCCGGUGGACCCAAUGACUACGAGUACUAUGUUCAUUACACCGAGUUCAAUAGGAGGCUUGAUGAAUGGGUUAGACUUGAACAACUUGACCUGGAUUCAGUAGAAAAUGAUGUAGAUGAAAAGGUCGAAGACAAGGUAACAGGUUUGAAAAUGACACGUCACCAGAAACGCAAGAUUGACGAAACUCAUGUUGAGGGGCAUGAAGAGCUUGAUGCUGCUAGCUUACGUGAACAUGAAGAGUUCACGAAAGUUAAAAAUAUUGCAACUAUAGAACUUGGAAGGUAUGAGAUAGAGACGUGGUACUUCUCCCCUUUUCCACCAGAAUACAAUGAUUGCCUCAAUCUCUACUUUUGUGAGUUUUGUCUCACUUUUAUGAAGCGCAAACAACAGCUUCAGAGACAUAUGAAAAAAUGUGACCUGAAGCACCCCCCUGGUGAUGAGAUAUAUCGUAGCGGCACCUUGUCAAUGUUUGAGGUUGACGGGAAAAAGAACAAGGUGUAUGGGCAAAAUCUUUGUUAUCUAGCAAAACUGUUUCUUGACCACAAGACCCUUUACUAUGAUGUUGACUUGUUUCUAUUUUAUGUGCUGUGUGAGUGUGACGAUCGCGGCUGCCACAUGGUUGGUUAUUUCUCCAAGGAGAAGCAUUCAGAGGAGUCAUACAAUCUUGCUUGCAUUUUAACUCUUCCUCCCUAUCAGAGGAAAGGCUAUGGCAAAUUCCUAAUUGCAUUUUCUGCAGCUUAUGAACUUUCAAAGAAAGAAGGUAAAGUUGGGACACCUGAAAGACCUCUUUCUGACCUGGGAUUGCUUAGCUACAGGGGAUAUUGGACCCGCGUUCUUUUAGACAUUUUGAAAAAGCACAAAGGCAACAUAUCCAUUAAGGAGCUUAGUGACAUGACGGCCAUCAGGGCAGAAGACAUAUUGGCAACUCUACAGGCACUGGAACUGAUACAAUAUCGAAAAGGGCAGCAUGUGAUUUGUGCAGAUCCCAAGGUGUUAGAUCGUCAUCUAAAAGCUGCAGGUCGUGGUGGUCUUGAGGUCGAUGUUAGCAAGUUGAUUUGGACUCCUUACAAAGAACAAGGUUAACUAGUGGUUCCCCACUUCCUAAUUGCAAUUAUGAUUUCAAGUUGCUCAGAUAAUUGCUUUGUAAAAACCAGACAAGAUUUUGCUUUUGAUGUUUGCUUAAACAAUAUAGAUGUCUUUUGCGUAGUUGUUGAAAGCCAUCGCCUCUUGUGCC